UGAUGAUAAAGAAAGCUAAAACAAAGAAGAACUUUUGCAACUUACGAGUCUUGCAAAUAAAAUCCUUUUAACCGGAGAAAUGGACAUAUAUGAACAGUUAUACAAAAGAUUAAAUUUUCUUAUUAAAGAAAGUAAAAAUGAAAUGAAGACUGAAAUGUCGUACGAAACAAAUAACAGUGAAACGCUUGAUAUGUUUUCUGAGAGUGUCGACGAUAAAAUGUUCUCAGUUGCCGAUAAUGUGAAACAAGAUAAACCGUCAAAUGAAAAUGAUGCCAACAAUACUCUGUUGAGUAAAGAUGACGAAGUGAUGUGGGAAUUUAAGUGGGAAAACGAAGAAAAUGCCGCAAUUUACGGUCCGCAUCCGUCGUCGGAAAUGCUCCGUUGGGUGGAAGAAGGAUAUUUUGAAAAGGGAGUAUGGGUGAGAAAAGUGGGACAAAAUUCAGAUUUCUACAACUCACGAAGGAUUGACUUUGACCUGUAUGUCUAAAACGGCAUGUACAUUUUGUAAAUUAUAUCGAAUUGUUCGAUAAAAUCUUAAAGCAGGAAAACUUCUGGCAUAUUCCUUGUUUACAAUAAAAAACAUUUUUAAAUGUCAAAAAAUCAUUUAAUUUAUCUUAAUCAUAAAACAUUUUGUGUUGAUAAUUUCAUAUAUAAAUAUCAGGAAAAUCAUUUACAGAGAUGAAUUGAAGAUUUUUGUAUUCUGAUAACUAAAUACUCUCCUGUACUAUUUUAUGUAAACUGAUUAAAAGAAAAAGAUGGAAUACCUUAUAAUAUUUUUGUUGAUUCUUGUUAGAAAAUUAUGCAUCAACUAAAACAGGUAAAUGGAAUGAAAAUUCAACACUCCCAUUUUAUCACCCUAUGCAAUAUAUAUCAUGAAUCUACUACAAUGAGAAACCGGGGUAAAAAAAAACCACAGGAAUU